GGGCGGAGGUGGGGGGCGUGCCCGUGAGGCGGGCGGCGGCGGUGGCGGCGCGGGGGUCCCUCCUCGUGCUCGGCGUUGAGCCCCCGCUGCCGCCGCGACCGCCACGGCCGCCGCCGCGGUGGACCCUGCCCGACCAGCCCCGGGGUGCUCCCUGCACGGCUGUCCUUCCUGCCAGUCUCAGGUGGGUUGGGUACAAGAGUCCCAUACCGACGCUUUGGCACGCAGAAGCUGCAGCUCAGCACAUGCUGCCACGGGCCCUUGGGUGGCCCUGACCCCUGCCCUCCUGACUCCCACCCUUCAGGCUCCUGCUGGUGUCCCUGGAGUAUGGGAGGCUGCUGGGCUUGAGCGGCGCUGUCUGGCAGGAGCUGCGCGUCUUACCCCGUGGCAGGGAGGGCAUCCAUGGCUGCAGCCAACAAGGGCAACAAGCCCAGAGUCCGGAGUAUCCGCUUUGCAGCCGGCCAUGAUGCAGAAGGCUCCCAGAGCCAUGUCCACUUUGAUGAGAAGCUGCAUGACUCUGUGGUCAUGGUCACUCAGGAGAGUGACAGCAGCUUUCUGGUCAAGGUUGGCUUUCUGAAGAUCCUGCACAGGUAUGAGAUUACCUUCACUCUGCCCCCAGUGCUCAGGCUGAGCAAGGACGUCCAAGAAGCACCAGUCCCCAGCCUACACCUCAAGCUCCUCAGCAUCAUGCCUAUCCCAGAAGGUGUGUCCCCAGCCCUCCUCCAGCAGGGCCUGGAUGUGAGAGGGGGUUAUAGCGUCAAGUGUGAGUACUCAGCGCACAAGGAGGGUGUCCUCAAGGAGGAGAUGCUGCUAGCCUGUGAAGGUGGCGCCGGCACGUGCGUGCGAGUGACAGUGCAAGCGCGCGUCAUGGACCGACACCACGGCACACCCAUGCUGCUUGAUGGGGUCAAGUGCGUGGGUGCUGAGCUAGAAUACGACUCAGAGCACAGCGACUGGCACGGCUUCGACUGAGGCCUGCGGCCCUGCACGCCUUGGGGCCCCACAGCCUUAAACCCCACCUCAUCUCCCCGAAUGCUAUGUGACGGUGUGGCUUCCUCGCCCCUCCCCGGGGUGGAGGGGCGGGGGUGGGGUGUCCAGGGGCUUCUCACCUCUGCCUUCAUUGUGCCACCUCCCUGCCUCUCCUGUGUCCUCCUGUCCCACUUCCUCCUCUCCAUGAGCCUCAGUUUCCUGCUGGAAGAAAUGGGUUGAGCUCCCAGGGAGGCUAUCUGAGGGAGGGGUACGCCUGGAGUGAGUUCUGCCCUCCCCCCCACCCCAAGCCAUAGGGGCUCUAGCCAGGGCUUGGGAGAGGAGACAGCUGGCUAGGUGACGUCGCCAUCACUCCCGUUACUGCUGCAGCUCUCUGGCUUUUGCCGUGCCCCCUCCCUCUUUCUUCCUGCUGUCCGCGCUCAGUAGGAGGGAGGCACAGCCCCAAGCCCUAACCCCCAGGUCUGUGUUACUUGGUUUUUAAAGGACUGAUUGGGAUAAAACCCUAAAGAAAUAAAACUUUCAGUGGA